GAAGCAGGAUCAGAUAAGACUUUAACAUGGGCAGUUCUGUAAGAGUGGCAAUUCAAAACAGCAACAAUCAAAUAAUGCCUUUGAAAUGACAAGAGUGCUUUUGAUCUGCAAGGGACUCAACUAGCUUCUAACACCUACUUCUGCACCAGCUUUUUCCUAGGAGCUAAUCCCUUCUUUGUCUUUGCAAGAUGUCUGUGAGAACUCUCCCCCUGGUUGUCAUUAAUCUUGGUGGAGAGAUGCUUUACAUACUGGACCAACGCCUGCGAGCUCACAACACGUCUGAGGACAAUUCAGAGAAAGGAGUGUGGUCAGAAAAUGACAGAAAAAGAGUUAUGAAUGACAUCGUUGGGACCAUGUUUAGUAAAGCCUUUAUGGAUGAACUUCUCAAACCUCAGAAGCUUUAUUCUCACAAGGCACUGAAAACAGUGUUAACUCGCUUAGCCCAUGCCUCCAUCAUGAGGUUGAACACCGCCAGCAUGGACAGGCUUUACCAGCUGAUGGUUAUGGCGUUCAAAUAUCAAGUCUUCCUUUGUCCACGGCCAAAAGACUUGCUGCUCAUCUCGUACAACCACAUAGAUGCUAUCAGGGAAUUUGUAAAAGACACUCCUGUGGUCGUGAACCAAGUGGACGAGACACAUAGGAAGAUCAUUGAGGUAUACUCAUCGUUAUCAGAAGGUGAAUUCCAGCUUCUCAGACAAACACUGCUCAUAUUUUUUCAAGACAUGCAUGUUCGCGUGUCACUUUUCCUCACAAAUCAUGUCCAGAAUCCCAACGGACGUUUUGCCCUGUCGACCUCGGGCCCAUUGCCUCAUGGGAUAGAUGUUCCAGGGUUAAUUAGGACGUUUGGCAGUACGGGCAGAGAAGUGAGACGAAGUGAGUUCCCCACCGGAGGAAGUUACAGCAGCCCCAUCAGGGAGGGAUGUUUUGAACUGCAUGGAGAUAGAGUCAUCAGACUGGGCAUGAACAUGUACACCGUGAACCAUCCAGAGGAGACGCAGACAUCCAAGGCUCCCCCUGUCAAGACGGAUGACACUCCCAACCUGCUGGCCAAGGAGGAGCUGAACCUGCUGGCUCGUCUGAUUGGCAGCAUGAAGGCUGAGAACGAGCCCAAAGCUGAAACUGGCUUUCGGAUCAACCUGUUUACAACAGACCAAGAGGAGGAGGAGGAGGAGGCGGGAGCUUCAUGUGGAGCUGAGGAGCCCGCGUUUGGAGUGAUAAAUAUCCAAGCGAUGCAGGAUGAACAGGCUGUUACUGAGUUGGCUCGAAUCGCUGGCCAGUUCACAGAACAACAAGAGCAGCCUGAAAACCCCAGCGGUGACAAAGGAGACGACCUGCUGGCCAUGAUGGACGAGCUCUGACUCUUACUUGUCUCGUCUUUUCAUUGGUUAAUCAUGGUCACUGAGGUCGGUGGUGAAAUUAGAUUUAAUGUUUUAACUUUAUGGUAAAAUAUGCAGUUGUUAGUGUA